UUUACCCCCAGUGGCAAUUCGUCAUUUCAUUACAAUUUCUUGCGCAUUUACUCAGUACACAAAAACAAGUUAACUAAAUUUAAACGUCACAAUUAUUUAAGUUUUAUUUUUAUCAAUAAAUAAAUAAUAAUAAAAAAACAAUAAAUUAACAAUUCGAGUUUUUAAAAUUAAUUAACGUUAACAAAAGACGACGCGGAUUUUUUGUUAUUGUUCAAGACAAUUUAAAUUUAUUUUUCGUUAUCAUGAAAUUUCAGUACAAAGAGGAACAUCCCUUUGAAAAGAGAAAGGCUGAAGGUGAAAAAAUUCGUAGGAAAUAUCCUGAUCGUGUUCCAGUGAUUGUGGAAAAAGCACCAAAGGCUAAAAUCAGUGACCUUGACAAGCAGAAAUAUUUAGUGCCGUCAGAUUUGACUGUUGGUCAAUUUUACUUUUUGAUCCGCAAACGCAUUCACUUACGUCCUGAAGAUGCACUUUUUUUCUUUGUCAACAACAUUAUUCCACCCACCAGUGCUACAAUGGGCUCACUUUAUCAGGAACAUCAUGAAGAGGAUUGCUUUCUUUACAUAGCAUACAGCGACGAGAACGUUUACGGAAAUCAUUAAAAAAAAUAUAUAAUUAUAUAUUACACUUAACUAUAUUACAAUUAAAUGUUCACUGAGAAUUUAUUUCUCAAUAGGAUUUCACAGGUAAAUAAAAUGAAAAGAAAAAAAUUCGACUCAUAAAAAAUGAACAUUUUAAAAAUAAAAAAAAAAUAUUAAUACUGCGUAAAGUUAUCAUUCCUCGUGGAUGUUCAAGCAAAACUAAUCAUUUUUUAUUUCUCUAUUACUUCUAUUUAAUUAGUAAUGAGUAAAAAUAAAUUUCAAUAUUAGCAAAUUAUUGAUCAUGUUUUGAAUGCCUAAUGAAUUUUAUUUAAUUCAUGAAACUUUAAAUAAUUUGUGUUUUUACUUUUAUUUUCUUUCUCCAAUAAAUUAUUGAAUUAAUCAGUAGCUUGCCUUUGUGUGUAUUCACGGAUAUUAAAAUAAUUUCUAGCGAAAAAGGUUCGGGAAUUAUUUAUUCUACUAAAUUAUAUUAAUUAGUAGACUAAUGUGUAUUAAUAAUAAAUAUAAUUAUAUUAAGAUGUGCAAAAAUAAAAUUUACGUCAAUAAAAUCUAA